AUGGAUUACAAUGAGAUUGAAAUGGCCCAUAGCCGUGGCAACGGUAAUGGCUUCAAGUCCGCCGAUGACACCAUUAUCGAAGCGAGACCUUCCCAAGACAAUCGAUCCCGACCAAAGCCACGUUUAGAGAGAUAUCUCGGGUUUUUUCCAAUGCUAGCAUUUGCAGCAACCCUUCAAGCAUCCUGGGAAGCCAUCGGGGCGAGUAUGGCUGCUGGCUUAGUGAACGGAGGCCCCGUGGUUCUCAUCUACGGACUGAUGUUGGCAAUUGUGGGUUCGUUGGGAAUUGCCCUCUCGCUUGCUGAGCUGGCUUCAAUAACGCCCAUAGCUGGAGCCCAGUAUCAUUGGACAUAUGAUCUUGCUCCGUUUGCGCCUCGAUAUCUCAGCUUCAUUCAAGGAUGGGUCACGAUGUUCUCGUCGUGGGCUAAUGUGGCCACAUCCCCCUUCCUGGUCGGCACCCAGAUCCAGGCCCUCGUCAUCCAGAAUCACCCUGAGUAUGUCCGCAAAUCCUGGCACGCGACGCUCAUCAUUUGGGCUGUUCUCCUGGUUCCUCUAGCCGUCAACAUUUAUGCCCGCCGUCUUCUGUCCAGUGUCGAGGUUAUUGGCGGAAUCAUUCACAUUCUAUUCUUUCCCGCGGUUCUGGUGACUUUGAUCGUGUUGGGGUCUCGUAACUCAUCCGAGUUCGUCUGGACCUAUUUUGAGAAUUCGGCCAGCGGUUGGCAGAACGACGGCGUCAUCUGGUCCGUGGGGCUGUUGACAGCCGUAUACACUCUGGGUGGAGUUGACGGUGUCGUCCACAUGGCGGAGGAAGUCAAAGACGCGCCACGCAUCAUCCCACGAUCCAUGGUCUACAGCGUGCUAAUUAAUGGCUUCGUCGCCCUUGGAUUCACCAUCGGCCUGAUGUACACGAUGGGAAGUCUGACCGAUGCGCUCAACACUCCGACAGACUACCCGAUUCUAGAGAUUUUUUACGCAGCCACCAAAUCCAACGCAGCCUCGUCCGGUCUUAUGAUGAUGUUGGUCCUCCCCGGCGUCGUCGCCCUGUUUAAUGGACUGGCCUCCGUGACUCGACUAACCUGGGCCUUUGCUCGGGACGAGGGCCUCCCGUAUUCAAGUUUCUUCGCAUACGUCUCCCCGCGCUACAAGAUUCCUUUCCGUGCUCUUCUUUUAGUCACUAUAAUCACCGUGCUUCUUGCGUUGAUCAACAUCGGCUCGACUACCGCCUUUAACGCGCUUCUAUCGCUGACUACCCUGGGCCAAUAUAUCUCCUAUCUCAUCCCGAUCAUCUUUCUCUUGGUCAAGCGGCUUCGGGCCCCGCAGGAGAUACGCUGGGGGUCAUUUCGUCUGAGGUGGUGGGGAGCCCCGAUCAAUAUUUUCGCUAUCGUGUACGGAGUGUACAUUAUCAUUUUUCUUCCUUUUCCGCCGAAUUACCCCGUGACGGCGGAGAAUAUGAACUACGCUGCGCCGGUGUUUCUGGCCGUGUUGCUGUUUGCCAAUAUUGAUUGGCUGGUACGGGGAGGGAAACGGUGGCAAGGACCGAUGGUUAAAAAGUUUGCAAGCAAGGCUGCUCGGAUAAUGGAUAUUGGAAGACCGACACCUGCAAGGGAUUUCAUCAAGUUUGGAUAUCUGAGUGUAUGCCACGAGAUAGAUGUCGAAGUCGAUGUCCAGGGUAUCGUCCGCAAAACCGGUCCUCGAACCCCAAUAUAUGGCUUCCCCAACCAUGAGUGCACUGAGGAAGGUAACAGUGUAGAAGAAGAUAGCCCGAGGAACAACUGGGCUUCCCCGGAACGCAGUUCCUUUACCUUGCUGGAGCUGAAGGAGGCAGAAUCGGCGGAGCGCCGUGUGGACAUGGGAGUUAGCAGAACCAGGGGGCAGAUGUCGGCUAAAGGUGUUCCUAUCGCCGCUGUCGUUGUCACCUGGGUCCACAAACGACCGCUGGGUGCUGAUCCGGACGCAGUGCUGGUCCUUGUCGGGGCGUUGCCGGUUCAGUUGCGGGCCUGGGUUACUGCCGUCGGCUGCAACCGCGGCCCAUGA